AUGUGGAAGCAGUUUAGGGCGGCUGCUGCAUUUGCGGCUGCGAAACCAGGUCCCGCUGUUGACGGGAACGAUGAGGAUGGAUUGAUCAGUCGCCUCUGGAAACGCGUCGUGUCUCCAUCUGCCAAGGCCGGCGCCGAGACUGAGACUGAGACUGAGACCGAGACCGAGACCGAGACCGACGACGACAACGACUCUGACAAUGCAGAUACCGCUCCUGCCAACGCCGCCGACCCCGCCGCUGCCAUAGUGGACAAGAAGGUCAACGUGUCCGAGGACGAGUUCCUGUCCAAGAUCGAGUCCUGUGUCCAGUCGUGUAUGUUGAACCGCGCCAGAGAUGUCACCCCUAAGGACUUGGACGACAGGAAGGCCUAG